CCUCCCUCGACGUCCUCUACUCUCACCACCACCACCACCCAUCACCAUCACCAACACCACCUCUGGCCUCACGCUGGUAGUCGACGACGAACAUGGCCACUGCUUCUGGCAAAGAUGUGCGAGAUAUCCUCAAUCUCCCACAGAGGCAGCACAACGAUCCCUCGUCAUCCACACAGGCCACCGCAUCCACCUCCCGACCUCCUACCGGGCCUCCUACUCAGAAGACCAAGUCCAAGCCGAAGAUUGAUGGAAUCACGCGUGAGCUCCACGCUCUGCUAGGCGACAAUGCUCCCAGUCUCGCCGUCGCCCACACCGAGGCAAGGGCAAUGCUCGGGCAGGAUGGAGCUGGUGGAGCAGCUCGCGGCUUCCGGCCCAAGUUCAAGAGAAAGGAGAAGAAGGCGACGGGGUGGCAGUGGAAGCCAUUCAAGAAUCCUGCAAGGCCAGACGACCUUGUCCUCUAUCACUGGGUCCCCGCCAAGGAAGGGGAGUCGAGCAAGACGACCACUGAUCCUCAGUCGGCAGAGAAGGACUACUCCCAUGCCGUUUUCAACACGUCUUCGGGGGUGUACACUUACUCAAGCGACGAGUACUCUCAGCAUCUGCGCGACGACGAUUGGACGAGGGAAGAGACCGACUACCUCAUUGAGCUCUGUACAAUGUACGAUCUCCGCUUCGUCAUCAUUGCCGACCGAUGGGAUUUCCCAGCUACGGCUCACAAGCAUCGCACAAUGGAAGACCUCAAGGCCAGGUACUAUGCCAUUUGUCGUCGACUGAUCAGGAGCCGGAUUUCGGUAGAGGACAUGGAGAGCCGGACAAGAUUGCUGCAGACGUACGCUUUUGACAAGAACGCCGAAGUGGAGAGGAAGCAGGCAUUGGCCCGUCUGUUUACCAGGACACCUGCUCAGCUAGCCGAAGAGGAGGCCCUGUACGUGGAAGCCAGGCGACUGGAGCAACAAGAGGCCAAGUUCUCCGCAGACCGAGAGGACCUACUAAAGCUCUUGGGAGGCUGGGAGAGAGUACCAGACGUCUCUGCUGGUCUCAUUGCUGAAGCAGGCGCAGGUAUCGCACCGGGCGCUCCCAUCAUCCCUGGAACUCCAGGUGCGGCGGCAGAGGAUGCGGCCAACCAAGACGGCCGAAGGAAAAAGCGUCGCCUCGAUGGCUCGGUGGUGGAAGAGGACACUGCUGCGGCUAGCGCCUCGCUUGCAACAAAGAUUGGUCUCACCACACAGCAGCGAGCCGAGCUGAGGCAGGGUCGCUUUGAUGAGCAGCACUGCAUUACUCGCUUCGACCCCGAGUCCGUUCCCCUUGGACGACCUCCCUAUCCUUUCCUCGUUGGGACACCCUCAACCUCCCCUCCCCUCGCCCCCUCGACCAACAAUCCCACCUCGUCGCACGGAGUCUACCUGCGCUCCACUCGUCUCCUGGCACCAAGACAGACGCAGUACAAUCGCACAAUGCAGACCCUCGCCGAGCUCAAUCCUCCCAUCGGUCCUCGUCUUGUCUUUCCUACUCGCCAGAAUUGCGAAAAAUGGGAAGGAUUGCUGGGUGCAGUCACUAGUGGGUUGGAGAUGAAGAAGCAGACGGAUAGGGUGGAGAGCGAGUUGAGGAUUGCCAAGAAUCGACUGGCGAGCUUGACUGGAGGAGGAGCUGGAGUUGGCGGUAGCGGUGGCGGUGCAGCUGUCGGUGCAGGGAAGGAGGGCUCGGCAGUCCCCUCGAACGCCGCUGCCGCUGCUGCUUCUGCAGCUAGAUCCGCCAGGGGCAGUACAGUCGCCAGGACCAGUCGCUCUAGUCGCUCUCACACUCCCGCAGUAGGAUUGGGAAAUGCUGCCUCUCCUACUCCUACACCUACUUCUAUGGAUGUGGUAGAUCAAUCCAUGGAUCAGAGCAGGACUGGCGAAGAGAGUUUCCUUGAUGCGAGGAGCGAUACUGGUGCUGGAGCUGGUGCUGGCGCUGGAGUAGAAGGAGAUGGUAAACCCGAGAAAGAGGGAGAGGGAGAGGGUGGAGCAGCUGGUCAGACUGGGGGAGAUAGUAUGGAUGCAGAUCUCGAUGACGAGUAGAGAGGCGCAAUUGAUAUAGUAGUAGUGGUGGUGGUGGUGGUGGAUCUGAUUUGUGUAAUAGUACAGAAUACAUGCAUGCAGCAUUUAAAGCAAUGGACGGACCUCAUCUCAUCUACUGCCUCUCGUCACUUCCGCUUCCUCUCGUACUAGUCUAGAGUACGCUCCCUUUCUCCAUUUGCCCACCACCCUCUACUUCUUCCACAUCC